UGUUAUCAUUUCAUGUUUAACCUGUCAAGAUAACGCAUAUUUAAAAAAAAAUAAAAGGACGUACAACAGUUAUUGUUAUGAUCAGAAUUUGUGCACGGAAACAGUAGUUUGGAAGUGGCAGCUAUCGUCCAUUUAAAUGUUUCACGCCUGGUGAUUCUUACAUGAACGUAUAUGUGCCUAUUCUGUCGCCAUGUUGCAUCUUUUAAAUUAAGCAGUCCGCAUUAAGAUUAACUUUUGAGUGGAAGUCCAGCUCGUUUCUGCUUUGUGUUGGACAUACUGUAAAAUGAUACGAGAGGCUGAUGAGGAGGACUUAGAGCGAGGCUCUGACGAUUUGGACAGUUCUGUACCGGACGAUGGCGGCGAGACAUGGACGCCAAAGGUCUCCCAAACUCUCACCGACUCGACAUCCGAUUUGGAAUCAUCUUCAGAGUUUAAUGAGGCCCAGUUUGCCCUGACUUGCGCAGUAUGUGGCCAAUCGUGUAGCACGGCUCGGUUCUGUAACCAGUGUUCUCUCUAUAUUUGCGAACAAUGUGUUGCACAGCAUCUUAAAACUCCUGGGAAGCACUACGUCGUCGAUUUUCGGGAACGAACUGUCGGCGUACCUCGCUGUAUCCAACAUCAGAGCACAGAGAGCACGUACCAAUGUACCACGUGCAACGUGUGCAUCUGUAACGAUUGUAUGAUGACCAUGCAUCGGCUGCACAGAAAUGUUCAUAUAAAAGAAGUAAUGGAUCGACAAAGCAAUACUCUGAUGAAAAAUAUGGCUGAACUCCAAUCGGUAAUAAAACCAGUGUUCCAGCAAAAAAUUGACUUCAUGAAAUUAAAGUUAGCCAAUGCAAAAAGGGCUUAUGAUGUUAUGGACAGUGAUAUUUCAAUGUGCGCUGAGAAAUUGCGCCGAGAUGUAGAUUUAGCCAUCGAGGCAUUAAAGUUAGAGGCGGAAAAGUACAGAAAAGAACAUACAAGAGAACUAGAGCAUGAUAUCUCUGUUUUAGAGACGAAACUAAUAGAAGUGCAAGAAGCCUCGAAAAAGGGUGAAAAUGCCUUGUCAAACUCAUUAGAACUUCUGAAAUAUGAAUCAAAUAUUGAAUCACUGAAAACGAUUCCAGAUAUGACAGACUUCGAAUUGCCAGUAUUUUCUCCUGGCCGGGUAGACGUUAAGGCCGGCGUUGGACAGUUGUCUCGUUUGGUCAAAUCGGUCAUUCCUUCAUCUGCCAUCAAAAAGAGAAGUGCAAAGAAAUCCAAGAAGAUAAAGUCAGAGCCAACGAUUGAAACGUCCAUUACUGUUGGAGAAAGAUAUGUUUAUGACGUAGCAUGUGCAUCAAAAUCGUCUGCUUGGAUGUGUGGAGCUGGCCUCUUUUACUACGACAACAAUGUGCGAUUGAUUGAAAAAGAUGGAAAUAACAAAGAAACAUUAGAGUGUCCAAUAAAUCCUAAAUACAUAGCUUUGAAGUCUCCUGGACGUGUUCUUUUCAGCGACGACUCUGACAAAACAGUCAAACUAUGGUCACGUGAUGACCAGGGAGUUUUCAUCAAAACCGACAGUUGGACCCCAGAGGGACUGGCCGUUACAUUGUCUGGUGACGUCAUUGUUUGUCAAUACAAGAAAACAGAGGUAGCAGCUGAGCAUAAUUCGUUGUCAAGGGUUGUACGAUAUAACGGCGAAGGCUCCGAGAUCAGAAAAAUGGAGUACAGAAAAGAAAAAAGAUUGUUCUGGCAUGCUCUCUUUGUCGCCGAAAACAGAAAUUUCGACGUUUGUGUGUCUGAUUCAGCUAAACAUGCAGUUGUCGUGCUGGACAAGAUGGGAGAAUUUCAAUUCAUCUACAAGGGAAACAUCAAGACUGGAAAAUAUCAGAGCUUCAACCCGAGGGGCCUCGAUACAGACAGUCAGGGGAAUAUUCUGAUCUCGGACUACAUGAACUACACUGUCCAUAUCAUCGACCAAUACGGCAAUUUUCUCCACUACUUGAUGCGAAAACAUCUGAAGUUCCCGCUGGGUAUCUCCGUGGAUGCUGACGACAAGGUGUGGGUCGGGGAGUAUAACAAUGGCACGAUUGCCGUCAUAGAAUACCUGUCUUAGAUUUUAUACAGUCGUGUUUAUCUCUCAACGAGGUUUGGAGGCGUAGCUAUUGUGUUUUGCUCAGGUUCUUCUUUUGUCAGAUGAACUUGCCAGUCGUGCUAUAAAGGAACCACCCAUCGAAUGAAUAUCGGAAGUUUGCUGGAGAUUUCUAAGACAUGGCCAUAUUUUCUAGUUGUGAACUCACUAUUUUGAUUUUUUUUCGUUUAAGAUUUGAGUAUCAAAAGAUUUCUUUCCUUAUUAAAAGGGGAAACUACGGUUGAUAUCUACAUGUAUGGAGAAAAUUAUUGUCUUAAUUUUGAAUGUCUAUAGCCUUGACAGCAAAAUUGAAAUAAAGAUUUCAUGCUUUUUGAAGUUAUACACAACAUUGAAAAUGGUUCCAUGGAGGUAAUCCCCAAACCUAACCCCCUGAAAACGAAAAGUUCAAAUAUCCGGAUCUUGAAGACAAAUCAAACGCUAACCUCUUUAUCAUAUCUUUACCAUUUCCUUCCUUGACAUCAGAUGUCAGUCAUUAUACUCAACUUAAGCAAUCAUUCUAUCAACUUACGAACUUGGCUACAGUUCGAAGUAACCAACUCAAAAAAACAUACUUAGCCAUUUACGAUAGAGGCAAGAUAAACAAUUACCAUCAAUUAAUAGGAAUUAGGCAACAAGUCAACAAUAUCACCAAUAAAUUACACAGAAAAUAUAUAAUUUCAAAGGUUUGAAAAUUCAAGUAAUCACAGAUUAUUAGCGUAUCAUACACGAUACCAUAAUAUC